AGAGACUACUGAACUGAAGACCUUUUACAUGAAGAGGACUACUGAGGGCAUCCAUGGUACUCCAAAGAUGACUUUGGGAAGUCAUUUGACAAAAUGCUGUGCUGCUUACCGGGCUAAAUUGAGUGAAGGGACUGGACUGUGUGAAGAUUGCCAAUGCCUUAAUCCCAGCCCUGCUCAAGAUAAAUGUGGUGACCUUGAAUGGAAAAUUUGGGAAAAGAGUGAGGAAGACUGGAUUAACAACCCAAAUCAGAGAUUGCUACAGAGACCGCAGAAAGACAACGCAUGGAAAGCAAGUAUGCAGGUGUCUACAACUGAAAGGAGGAUCCAGAAAAAAGAAAGGAAAGGGUACUCGCAAGAGAUCACACAAGAGGAAGACACAAUGUUUAUGGCUACCAGUGGUCAGUGUGCACACCCUGUGGAGAGCGAGAAGGUGCAUUAAAUAUCACAAACAUUCAAACCCUUUCAUCACUCAAAUACUCACAUGUAUGAUUUUUACGCAGUAAUUUAAUAAAGUACUAAUAACUGAA